CAAACACGCGAAUCUAUCUUUAAUCUGCCUUCGUUCAAACGCAACGCUGCGGCUACCGGACCGAGCCGAGACGCCUCAGACUGAAGCAGUACCAGACAUCGAGCAUACGGAUGCAAGUGGCGCGUUGAAACCGCAUAAUAUCAAAACGACAUUAUGGGAGAAAAGGGGUGGCAAGAGGAAGACCUGUUGAAGCAGGGUGCUGAUGACCCGCUGGAAGCUCUACUGCUCCGUGGCGAUCAGUACCAGCAUGAAAUACGCGUUAUCUUAAACCAACACCGGAAGACUAUUGCGAACCUUGCGAUUGAAGCGAACAAAGUUGGUGAGCUCGAGAAAGAAAACAAGCUUCUCAGGUCACAACUUGAAGCCAAAUUAGAGCAAACCUCUAGCUCUACGAUGCAAACCGUUCCAGAAGUUAAAGACUCAUCGGAGCAGGAGUUUCAAAGCUCAAGCACGGUUUCAACUCAACCACUCACAGUCCCCUACGUUGACUAUAAGGCACUUGUGGAGAAGUACAACACCCUGAGUAUUGAGCUUAAAGCGUCCAGAGAGGCAUUUGACCUCAUGUACACGAAAUGUAAGGACGCAAAGAAAAAUGUGCGCAGGUGGGACAUUUACCUCAAGCGGCACAAUCUCUAUGACCUCGAAAAACGACGGCAUAUGGCACCCGACGCUCCUCCGCCAUUGCCCCAAGCACUGUUGGACUCGGAUACUCCGCGCCCCGAUCACUUCUUAGACCGCACAACUGCGAUUGUUCAGCCCGAAAAGGCAGAACUCCCCGGUAUGGUGGAAGAGGAGAUGCCUUCAUCCCCUCCAGGGAAGCCUCUUUCUUUUCGCCAGACUGAGCAUGAUCAAACGGAGGUGAACGAUUUCGCCCGGGUCGGACAAGUAGCUGAAGAACUACCUAGUAGAAUAAGUUCCAGCCAAACCACGCAGGAUGAUGGCCCAUCCCAAAUUGAGAACCCCCAGCCUGCGGCCAAACCACAAAACGACGACAAUGACGAUACUCCUGUCGUCAUUUCAGCUCGGUCUCUGGGACGCAAACCACACAGUGCUGCAGGGAAAGACACUUUUGCUGUUUACGAGGACGCCCGAGUCAAACAGGAGCCUUGUAGCAGCCCCAGGACACAGCGACCUUUGACUCGGAAAGACACGCUCGAUCUCGAUGACAUGGGAGCCGAAAUCGAUACACCAAGGAAACGUCGCCGCUUCGAAAUGUACAGAAACUCGCAGAUCCGGCUGUCACAAAUACCGCCGUUAAACCAUGAGAAAUCACAAAGUUUUCCUGUGGGGUUUGAGAAUAUUCAAGAAACUGGUAAUGACGAAGGACAGCAGCUUGAGGGUGGCAAUGCUUCUCCUGAGGUUACCGACUCCGAUCCGAUUAUAGAAGAAAUCGAGAGGACGGAUACGGCGACAACAUCAAAACGGAAGCGUUCCAUAAUACAACGCAGCCCCGAGAACCCCCGCAAAGCUCAGAUCUUGCACACCCUUAGUACGAAUGCUAAAGUGGCUUCAUCCAACACCGGUUCCCGCUCUCGGCGCAGGAAACGGCAUUCUGAAGAAGAUAGAGGAGCGAAACAUAUUAAUCUACUUGCAGAAGAUGGAGAAGGGUCGAGUAAAUCUGGGCCUGGUUCACCAGCGUUGACAAUGGAAUCACGUCGUCGUUUGCAGAAUCUCCUUGAUGCCCCGACACCCGAAAAACCUGAUAAUCUUCCCGUUUUAGCGCCAACAACACCAGUUACCAGCAAAAGCCUACGGACGUUUAAUAAAAAUGCUGAAAGGCCGUCUGAUGAGACUCCCGUGGCGAGACCGAAGAGUUCCACGCGUUCGAAAGCGUCGAAAACACCUGAUCAGCUGCCAACCCCUCAGUCUGCUCCUCAAACGGCAUUUAAACGGCCUCGACUCGAAGCAGGAACAGCAUCCAGAGCUCGUUCGCCGCUCCGCUCCCGACCCCUCGAGCGCCUCAGUCUUUCCGAUUUCAAGGUCAAUCCACGAUCCAACCAAGGCAUCAACGAAGUCUUCAAUGAGGUGGUGCGCAACCGCGAAGCUCGACGUUGUCUUCCAGGUUGUACCGAUCCUACCUGCUGUGGGAAAUAUUUCCGCGCUUUGGUCGAAGGCGGCAUGGAGCCGACGGUUCCGCGCUCUUUAUUUGAGGAGUCGCAAGGCGAGACCGACGAAGACCGCCUCCUCAGGUACUUCCUUGGCAACGGAUACAACAAGGAGCGCGUGGCGGUCAUGCCGGAUGUGCAGCGACAAGAACUUUUGCUGGACGCGAAGACGAAGUUGUUGGCGGAUCAGCAUGGGAGACAUCGCCAAGCAUACGAGAGACAGAAGAGCCCGCCUGGCUUUUGGCGCACGGAUAUGCCUAGCACGCAGGAGAUUGAGAAAGACAGGGAGGAGGCGAGGAAGUUGGAGAGGAAGGCCGUGGAAGAUAGGUGGAGAGAAGCGAUGAAGGGGAACGGUCAGUGGUUGUUCAAAGAUGAGUGAUUUGGGGUGUGCUAGCGGUGGUGGCGGCUUGAUUGUUACGCGGCAAACUUUAGGAUGUAUGGGUUGUUUAGCAAGGGUGUCUGUCCUUAGAGUGCUUUCUCGGUAUUGUCACAGCCCAAUUCUUUUUGCUGCUUGGUUUCGCGCAACAGUACUGUCGAAUAUCGGUCAGACGGCAUCUGCUUUUUACAUUCGCAAUUGUUUACGCAGCAGCCAGUCAGGAGGUAUGCCUCUAAGAAUUUAAACUUUGAGUU